AAAAAGGCGAGAGGAAAAGAAAAAAAAACGCCGUUGGUCGCACCAUAUACCCCUCCGGAUUCACAAGAGAUUCAAACCCCCUCACUGUUUUACAGAAAUUUCCAAGGCACGUAGGGUUUUUCCUUUUUCCUUUAGCCCACCCACGUUUUCCCGAGAAAACGAAAGAGAAAAUUUUGAUGGAUUCCCGGUUGCUUCAGGACUGAAUCUCGAACCAGCGAUUCUUUUUUCGGAGAGAUUGUUAAGCAUUCCGUUCUCAGCAUGGCUGGGAAGGUCGAGCCCGCCAACGGCGUCAAGUCGCCGGGAUCCAAUUCCACGGCUGCUACGGUGGCAGCAGCCGUCAAACCAGAUCUGUUAUCGUCCUUGAACAAUUUCUCCCUCAGGACCCUAAAGCUCAAGACCAAGCAGCAGGAGUUGCUGAUCCGAGUGACCAUCCUCUUCCUUGUCUAUGUGUUGGCUUUCAUCACUCGUCUCUUCAGCGUUCUUCGCUAUGAGAGCAUGAUCCACGAGUUCGAUCCCUACUUCAAUUACCGAACCACCGUCUUCUUGACCGAGAAGGGUUUCUACGACUUUUGGAAUUGGUUCGAUUUCGAGAGCUGGUACCCCCUAGGUCGAAUCAUCGGCGGCACUCUCUACCCUGGUCUUAUGGUCACUGCCGCCUUAAUCUACUGGGUCGUGCGAUUCUUGAGGUUCGCCGUUCAUAUCCGCGAGGUCUGUGUGUUGACGGCGCCGUUCUUUGCGUCGAACACCACAUUGGUUGCGUACUUCUUCGGGAAAGAGAUUUGGGAUUCCGGUGCAGGGCUUGUUGCUGCGGCACUGAUUGCCAUUUGCCCCGGUUACAUCUCAAGGUCGGUCGCAGGCUCGUAUGAUAAUGAGGGCGUUGCCAUUUUUGCUCUGUUGCUAACUUUUUACCUCUUCGUUAAGGCGGUGAACACGGGCUCGCUCGCUUGGGCUUUGGCGUCGGCUUUUGGGUACUUCUAUAUGGUUUCGGCAUGGGGUGGUUAUGUUUUUAUAAUCAAUUUAAUUCCGCUUUAUGUUAUGGUUCUAUUGAUUACCGGGAGGUAUUCAUUGAGGUUGUAUGUAGCGUAUAAUUGCAUGUAUGUUGUGGGAAUGCUGCUUGCAAUGCAAAUCCGGUUUGUGGGAUUCCAGCACGUGCAGUCUGGAGAGCAUAUGGCUGCGAUGGGUCUGUUUUUCUUGAUGCAGGUGUUUUACUUCUUAGACUGGGUUAAACACCUGUUAAGUGAUCCAAAAUUGUUUCAAGCAUUUUUGAGGAUUACUGUCACCUGCGCAGUGGGGCUUGGUGUUGUUGCUUUGGGCGUAGGAACAGCAUCUGGAUAUAUAUCUCCAUGGACAGGCCGAUUUUACUCCUUGCUGGACCCAACUUAUGCAAAGGAUCACAUCCCAAUAAUUGCAUCUGUCUCUGAGCAUCAGCCAACAGCAUGGUCAUCCUUCAUGUUUGAUUUCCACAUCCUGCUUUUCCUUUUUCCAGCUGGUCUAUAUUUCUGUUUCAAACAUUUAACGGAUGCAACAAUAUUUAUAGUUAUGUAUGGUCUCACUAGCAUGUACUUUGCGGGUGUCAUGGUUCGAUUAAUUCUUGUUGCAACACCUGCGGUAUGCCUUGUUAGUGCGAUUGCAGUUUCUGCUACCAUAAAGAAUUUGACUUCUGUAGUGAGAUCAAAGGGCAAGGUUUCCCAGACUGGUUCUACCAAGGGAACAUCUAGUGCAAAAGCUUCUUCCAAGGCUUCACUUGAUCAAUCGAUGCCUUUCCAAAGAAAUGGUGCUAUUGCAUUGCUUCUCGGUGCUUUUUACUUGCUCAGUAAAUAUGCUACCCACUGUACCUGGGUCACUUCAGAGGCAUACUCAUCUCCUUCAAUUGUUUUGGCUGCAAGAGGAGCCUAUGGAAACAGGGUUAUUUUUGACGAUUAUCGUGAGGCAUACUUUUGGCUUCGAAAGAACACUCCUCCAGAUGCUAAGGUGAUGUCAUGGUGGGACUAUGGGUACCAGAUCACUGCCAUGGGAAAUAGAACUGUUAUUGUUGACAACAACACCUGGAACAAUACACACAUUGCUACUGUUGGACGUGCAAUGUCAUCUUAUGAAGAUGAAGCAUAUGAAAUAAUGAGAUCACUUGAUGUGGAUUAUGUCUUGGUUGUCUUUGGAGGUGUUACUGGGUAUUCUUCUGAUGAUAUUAACAAAUUUUUGUGGAUGGUGAGGAUUGGAGGCGGAGUUUUCCCAAUCAUUAAGGAACCUGAUUACCUUGUUAAUGGCGAGUAUCGUGUAGACAAGGGUGCAGCUCCAAAGAUGUUAAAUUGCCUCAUGUACAAGCUGUCUUACUAUCGGUUUGGGGAGCUGAUGACAGAAUAUGGCAAACCUCCGGGAUAUGAUCGUGCAAGGGGUGUGGAAAUUGGAAAUAAGGAUGUGAAGCUUGAAUACUUGGAAGAGGCAUUCACCACGUCUAACUGGAUAGUUCGGAUUUACAGAGUUAAAUCACCCAACAAUAGGUGGUGAUUUUUAAUCUGGAUUUCGUAACUUAAUACUGCCCCACAGUAGGCGACCUCUCCCUCCCUCUCUCUCUCUCUCUCUCUCUGCAGGAAGGAAAAUGGAAAUGAUAGAUGAACUGUGAGAGCUGAAGAAGACUUGAAAAUGUUUGCUUUCUAUUUAUAAUGUGAGAGAUAGAAUUAACUAUAUUUUGUUUAGAGCUUCCAUUUGUAACAUUUGAGGCCCUUAUUUUUAGUGGAGCGUUGCCUUUUGGUUUUGUU